UGCUCUUCUUCCUGUUCCAUCUCACUUCCAUACAUUAGAGCUCUACCAGAGGACUUUACUGAAUCAGAGAAGAAGAAGAACAGACGAUGCCCAGGCCACAAUUUGCCACUCUGAUACUUUCUUUCUUCUGUCUUAUCAGUUUGUCUUCAUGGACCCUACAUGCUCAGACCCUACCACCUGCAAGGUACGAUGGGUUCGUUUACCAGAAUCGCCCAGGUGAUGCCGACUCCAUCCUGAUUGAGGCCUUCUAUGAUCCUGUCUGCCCCGAUAGCAGAGACUCAUGGCCUCCUCUCAAACAAGCCCUUCGUUACUAUGGUUCUCGCACUUCGCUCGUUGUUCACCUCCUUCCAUUGCCAUACCAUGACAAUGCUUUUGUCGCUUCUCGUGCUUUGCAUAUUGCAAAUCUGCUGAACACUUCUUCUACGUUCCCCUUGUUAGAGCAGUUCUAUGAACAUCAGGAGAGGUUCUAUAAUAAUGAAACACACAACUUAUCAAGAGCUUCUGUCGUAAAAGAAAUGGUGAAAUUUGCCACGGAAGCAGUUGGGAACUCUUAUUAUUCUGCAAUUGAAUCUGGUUUUAAUGACAGAAAAACUGAUCUUAAAACAAGGGUUUCCUUCAAGUAUAGUACUUCAAGAGGAGUAUUUGGCACUCCUACUUUUUAUGUCAAUGGAUUUGCAUUGCCUGAUACUGGCUCAACCAUAGAUUACAAUGGCUGGAGAAGUAUUAUCGACCCGCUGAUUAAAGCAAAGGGCAAAAGUGAGGAGACUUUGCAUUUCUUACUGUGAAUAAUUUAUGGCAAUAUAUAUCAUCAGAAGAAAAAAGCAUUGUACUAUUGGUGUUGAAGUUGUGAUAAUGCAAUAAAACGUUUUCAGUAUUUGAAACAGAGAGAUGAUGUUACUGCUGCUAGCUAUUCCUAUUCAGAACGAAAGUUCAUGCAUGAAUUCAGCAUAUGACAAUCAUGGACCACUGGCUAAGUGAAACUUAUAUGGAUUCACAUCCAAUGGCUCACCAUUUUUGUGUUGAAUUCGUGUAGAAUAGCAUUUUCCUUUUUAAAAUGUUUUGUGUUGCUUUUCUUCUAUUAUUUUCAUGUAGAUGAUAAGAUCUAACUCUAUCACUAAUAAAGUAUACUUAAUACCUA